AAGGCCAUUAGAGCUGCCAACUUGAAGAAAAAAAUCGGCCUGAAGAAACUUAACUAAAUUACAAACAAAAAUAAGGAAGAACCGUGUCAUUUGCUAAAAUAUUGCUGUUUUUCCUGUAUUCAAUUUUUCUUCGACCAUUCAAGAGGGGCGGCGGUGGGAGUGAUUUUGAACGAGUUGUCAGCCCCGCUUUGUUUCAAAGCGCAUUCCAGGGCAAUUAUCGAUUGUAGCUAGUCGAUAACGCUAACUUUUAACUAAAGUGAGGCACGUACAGCACAACAGAAGUAGGAUAAUAAAGAGGGAUUUUGGUCUGAAAUACUGUUUAAUGGCGAUUACGUAAUCUGGUGAAAUAUUUUGUGUAUCAAUUACGCACGUGUGUGAGAUAAAGAGAGAAAACGAAAAGGGCAGCUGCGAAGUCGGCGUUGCCAUAUCAAUUAAUUCUGAAUUUAAUUUUCACAUUUAAGUAUUUAUAAUGCCACGGAUUGUGCCUUUGCAAUUAUUAAAAUGCCUGCGGGUACUUUUAGACAACAAUGGUGGCAUAUUAAGUGGCCAGGAAGUGAAACGGAUAGCUGGACUUAUGGCAAAAUAUUCCAAAAAGCUGGUUUCCAAAUGUGUUUAUGUACAAAUAUUGAAAUCGACAAAAACUGAGUUGCUUGACGACUUCAUGGCUGUGGGUGGAUGGUCUUUGGUCUACAACUGGUUAAAUGAUGCCAUUAGGGCGAUGAACUGGCCUUUGGUUCAGGAGAUUUUGGAACUAUUGCUACUAUCCCCGGUAGAUGUCAAUCGAUUGAAAAUCAAUUCAGCACCCGUUUUAGUUAAAGGAUUGUGUCGAGAUGGCGGCAAUGAGGGAGUACGGAUAUUGGCCAAGCGGUUGGUAGAACAAUGGUUAAAGAUUGUCACAGAGAACACAUCAGAAGUUAUUGCGGCAUCUGCAGCAGCUGCUACUUCAUCCACACCGCAGCCCCAGCAGACCGUGGUUUCUACAACGACGGCAACGGCUACAAUACCCGCAGAACCUGAGACUUCUUCAGCAUCAUCGGACAGCAUGGAUAGCUCGAGUGGCCCUUCAGCUUCUGCUCCAUUAACUUUAAAUUAUACCAUUACCUCUGCCCCCCCGAAUCAGAAUAACAGCAAAACGAAGAACUUGACUAUCAAAUUGAAGACAGUUGAUAAAUCGUUAUUGUCUGUUCAGCAAUGUGGAGAUGACCAGGAUGAUGAUUAUGAUAAUGACGAUGAGGCAGCAUCGCAAAUUGUCAAUAAGCAAACAAAUUUGUCAAAUUUAGAUGAUAGUUGUUCAGCAAAAACAAAUGAUGAACUGGAGGAGGAUGUGGAGGCGAAAAAAUCAAAAAGCUCACGAGACAAAACUUCCAGUAAAAGGUCAGAAAAGGAUAAAGAUCGUGACAAGGACAAGGAACGAAAGUCCUCGUCUAGCAGUAGUCAUAGAUCAUCUUCAUCUAGCCAUAAGUCGUCGUCGUCCUCCUCCUCAUCAUCCUCUAAGAGUUCCUCUUCGAAAAGCUCCUCUCAUCGCAGUUCGAGUGACAAAAGUCGUGACAAAGACAAACCUCGCUCUAGUUCCAGUUCGAGUUCAAGUUCUAGUAAAGAUAAAGAGCGGAGUAGUAGUUCCUCGAAUAAGCACAAGUCGUCUAAGAGUUCUUCAUCUUCUUCCUCUUCCUCUUCGUCGUCCUCCUCUGGUCAGCGAAAAGAAAAGGAGAAGACGUCGUUGUCCUCUUCGUCGUCAUCUUCUUCCUCUUCUAAGAGAGAGUCGCUUGAGAAAGACAACAAGCUUAUGCCCCCACCGACUACUGAUAAUUUGAACAAAAAAGAUUCUGAUUCCACACCGCCCAAGCCUAGAUCAAUACCGAUUAUGUCUAGGAAAGCCUCAAUAUCGAUUGAGGUUCGUCGUGAUACAGAAAAGGGUGCUACAGUUAAAACGUAUCAAUCGAAAUUUCGUUCUCAUGGUUUAACCGAAGAGGCACCACCGCCGCCUUCGCGCAAAGGACUAAAGAAGCCUACUUCAUCGGCACCAAGCAGUGUGGCCACGUCUCUGGGAACGACGGAGAAAAUCCCGCUGAAGAGACCCUCACCGCCGCCAUCGCUGACAUCUCCACUCACCUCCCCAGUGGUCGAGAGCAAGAAGCCCAAAAUUGAUCUUAGCACCAUCAACGGUCUUGUGGAGCGUCCCGGCUCCGCAAAGCUCAUAGCACCUAAAAAGAUUCAAACUUUGGUAGAGACAAAUCUUUUUUCGGAUGCUUUGGCCGCCUCGAUUGAGCCCAAGAAGGUGGUUAAGCGUAAGAGAAAUGCAACGGCCACAUCACCAACUGCUGAGAAAGAUGGUGUACCAUUGGCUCCUCUGAAAUUCUAUCAGGACACGCUGGAUGAGUCCAAGAGUUUGGAGGAGAGCACCAAAUCGGAUGACAGCAGCAAAGAGAAUGACGAAAGCAGGGACAAAGAUGACAUCGAUGAUGAUGAUAUUCCUCUAAAACGUGUCAAAGAGGAUAUCGAGCAGCGAGUGAGAAAGGAGAAGGGUGAAGCGGCAACAGCUGAGGAAGGAUCAAAUCCUGAGACGGCUGAAGAAGAAUACGAGCCCCCAGAGCCUAAGAAACCGGGCCCUGGCUGUGGUCCAGACGGUCCUCCAGGUGUUCUGAUGCUCCAUAGACGAAGGGGUCCUAAAAAGAAGCUAACGUGGCAACCAGAGGAUAAACUCACUCAGAUUCGUUACUUUGAAGUCGAUCGCUCCGAGCGGGUGAAUGUGACAAAACAAAGUUUCCUGGAAAUGAAGAACAUGGAGCGUUAUAGCGAACGCGAUGCCUUGAAUAUAGCUCGCCGAGGCUUCGAUGACAUCAUGGAGCCACAAAUGGAAUGGCGACCACUGAUAGAAGUGGAUAAUGUCCCUGAUCAUCCCAAUGGAAAUUUGUCGAAGCAGCGCCAAGUUCAAGCCGACCGAGAAGCUACCACGUUGCGGGCUUUGUAUUUCUCACCCGACAUGAUACCUGAUAGUGCUACCGAGGCUGAAUUGGAGCCACAUUUCGCUCAUGACAUCCCACUGAUACCUAUGGAUGAUCUCACUGGUAAUCCGGAUGCGGUCAAUGACUACAGUGCCUUGCCCUGGCCAGAGCCGAAGGGUUAUGCCAACAGCGGCAUAGGUGUAGCAAAUAGUGGCAAUAUGAAUCUGAAUUCCCCUGAUAUAGGGUUUAAUGAUCCAAUUAUACCGCCUAUUGGUGGACCGUUAGGACCGAUUGGAGGACCAAUGGGACCCAUGGGGGUAGGACCACCGCCUCCGGUCAAUAAUAUCGGCAUGGGCAUGGGACAUAAUGCCUUCCAGCCCUUUGGUCAUUUAGGCAAUAAUUUUAUGCCGAAUCCACAGCAACAGCAGCAGCAGCAACAACAACAGCAGCAGCAGCAGCAGCAGCAACCACAGAUGCCCAUGAAUGGUCCACCUCCAGGAAUUUGGAUGAAUGGUCCUGGUGGCCUAGAUAUGAAUCAAGGUGGAGGCGGAGGAAUGCCGCCACCUCAUCAAAACUUUAUGGGCGGCAAUCAGUUCGGUAGCCCAGGUGGCGGACCAGUUGGUCCUUUUGGUGGCCCAGGAAAUUUCAAUCAGUUUGGUCCCAUGAUGAUGAAUGGACCUGGUCCUGGGCCCGGUCCCAUGAUGAAUGGACCCAAUGGGCCGAUGCAAAAUGGCCCGAACGGACCAAUGCAAAAUGGACCCAAUGGUCCCAUGCAAAAUGGACGACACAAUAACAAACGGAAUAACAAGAAUAACGGAAAUGGAAAUUGGCGAAGCGGUGGCAAUAAUUUUCAGGACGGAGGCGGUGGCAAUUGGCGCUCAGCGGGCUCUGGCUCCAAUCGCGGUGGCGGAGGAAACACUGGCAUCUGUAAACAAUUCAUGCGUGGACACUGCUCCAUGGGCAAAGCCUGCAAGUAUGUGCAUCCGCAGAAAAAGAACAAUAACCGCAUGUAGGAGGACCUAAACGAAUCUUCCCAAUCUCCGGAAGAUUCGACUGCAUAGAUCUCAUCAUCGUCACUACAAUCAUCAUCAAAAUCAAUGCUGAACUGGGAUGAAAGCCACAAGCCAGAGCCAAUGCCCCAGCCAAGCCACUGAAGACUGUUGCAAUCGCCUUACAUUUAGUUAUAGUUUUUUUGUUUUACUAAUAACUGGCUGAAAGUUAUUUGGCCAUUAUCUCUGCCUAAGAUGUGAAAUGGUUUGCAAUUUUUUUUUUAUAUUUUAACUUUUAAUGGUUCUACGGAGAAAAUAGGCCCAAAUAACUACGGUAUGUGUAUAUAUUUAUAGAUUUAUAGUGUCUCUUAGAGUAGAGGCGUAGAAGUCAUCAAGCUCUAUCAAAUUUGUUUAAAUUAAGUUGCAUUUAUUGGAUGGAUAGUGAACAAACCAGGUUAGACAUAGAGUUCGCACAUUUUGUACUUAUUAAGGACUCUCAUUUAACAAUUGUAUUAAACUACAUUUAUACACACACACACCCAUAUAUAUAUAUAUAUACAUAUUUCCUAUUGAUAAGUUUAUAAUUAUAUACUAAAUGUAGAAUAAAGACCAAGUCAUAUUAUGAA